CCUUUAUUUCUUUGUCUUUGCUGAAGCGGGUCCGGAGCGGCGGAUUGUCGGCAUGAUCCGGCUCGGGUUCUCGGGCGGGGAGCCGGAGAUCGGAUCGGGGGUGGAAUGGAUGAUCCUCUGCGGAGCGAGACGGACAAGAUCCAUGCGAACACCGGCGCCUACCGAAACUCUGUCCGCACAAUGGCUGAAAGGACGGGCAGCAAUGGCUUCUCAAAUGCAUCAACUGCAGGAAAGGGCACGGUUUCCUGCCGAUGGCUGUGGAUGCUCAGCGGCUCGUUACGUGGCAAGCGGCUCCUCAAGUGUUGUAUCUUCGUCCUACUGACUUUCCUUCUGUUUCUCUGGAGCAGAAAUAUUAGUUCCAACGACGUCCGGAGCAGUCGCUCCUUAACGUUAAACACGUCCUUCAUGAUGCUGCCGUCCAGCGAAUGUAUCAGCAACACGAUCUUCCUCGUCCUACUGGUCACGAGUUCCCCCGGUCAGUUCCAGACACGCAACGUUAUCCGCCAAACCUGGGGGAGCAGACGGCGGGUUGGAGGAGCCACAGCGGUCACUUACUUCGUGUUGGGGCACGGGCGGGAGCGGCAGCCCUGGAUUGAAAUGGAGAACGCCCUGCACCGGGACAUCAUCCAGGCUGACUUCCAUGACACUUACUACAACCUGACCCGGAAGGUGCUGACGGGCCUGGGGUGGCUCUGCAGCUACUGCCCCUCCGCCGCCUUCAUGAUGAAGACUGACACCGACAUGUUCGUCAACACCGACUACCUGCUGGAGCUCCUGUCCCGCGCCCCCCGCAGCAACUUCUACACUGGUGUCAUUUUCGGAGGCAUGCUGCCGUUCCGCCAGAAACAGAGCCGAUGGUACGUCAGCACGGAGGAGUACCCUGGGGAAAGUUACCCACCUUUCUGUUCCGGCACCGGUUACGUCCUGUCCAUGGACAUGGCGUGUGCUGUGUGGAACAUCUCCCGGACUGCGCCGCUGUUCAAAUUGGAGGACGUUCACGUGGGGCUGCGCCUGGCGGAGCUGAACAUAAAGCCGGUGCCCAUCCACUCCAAGCGCGUGUUCUUCAAUGGCAGGGUUCCGUUCUCCAUCUGCACCUACCGGCGGCUCGUCACCUCGCAUCACGUGGACGACUCGGAUAAGCUGCUCUACUGGCGAGGCGUUAUGGACUCAGACAGCGCGGACUGCCCCGAAAAGACGUGACGAAAGCGUACUUACUUACUCUACCGUAUCGGGGAGAGGGUGAGGUGGUGGUGCGGUUUGGGGGUGAGUGUUGCACUUUAAGUAGCAGGUGGAGGCCAGAUACGGGAGAGGGCGGGCGGAUCGGCGGGGCGUUGGAAUGCCGCUGUGUGAUGGACAUUGCGGAGCGUGAUGGCGUUGAGAAUGCUGUGACUGAGAGGGAGACGAAGGUGGAUAGGGGCGAGAGGAACAGAGUAUGUGUGUGUGUGUGAGAAAGAGAGAGAAAGAGAGAGGGGAGAGAGAGAGAGAGAGAGAGAGAGAGAGAGAGAGAGAGAGAGAGAGAGAGAGAGAGAGAGAGAGAGAGAGAGAGAGAGCGAGAGAGAGAGAGAGAGAGAGAGAGAGAGAGAGAGAGAGAGAGAGAGAGAGAAAGAGAGAGAGAGAGAGAGAGAGAAAGAGAGAGAGAGAGAGAGAAAUGAGUGGAAGCCGAGGGAGGAUAAGAUAGCGUGUUCUUUUGUUCUUUUUUUGUGCGCCUACAGUCGGUUUCGGCGACCGGUUCGUCAUCUCGGUCUGCAGGUUUUUCCAACGUGUACCGUUACUGUAUUGAUUGUUUUAAUCAAUCUGUCACUCUACUCCGUUGGUGCUCUUGGUCCGCUCAGAAGUAACAACAGAGGUCUAUAGACGCAGAAGUGUGACGUCGAGAUGGUGCCUUGUGACGUAACGACUGGACUGGCGACGAGAGAGUAGUUAUCUGGAGACUGAAAGCAGAGGUAUUGAGUAGAUUAGGCAGAAGGCAAACACAAUUGAGGAAUGGUUACACUGGGAACAGUGUUGGAAAAUUAGGCAACGUUGGAUCAAGGACUAAAAGAUGAAUUAUUUAAGAAAGGAGGGAGGCAAAGCUAGGGGAGAGAGGAAACAACAAAGGUAGAGGUGUGGUGACUAGAACAGGAGUAAGAAAAUGGACAGACAAAGAGCGCGUGAAUUGGGCAGAGCGAGUGAGGAGGUAAGGGCUGGAGAGAGAGUGCGUGGAUCUGGAAGACCCUGAUGGGAGAAAGAGUGCAUUUUAAAUUUGUUUCCUCACCUUUUUCCUCUGUCAAGCUUACAGUGGCGUCGGCUGAACACGGCUUCACAUGGAAAACGUCUUUAACAACAGUCCACAAUCCCACAUUUUAUGCGGUGACAGGACGGAGAGACAGUGCUCUUGCCUGUGACGUCAUAAACCCCAAUACCGCGCUGUCUACCAUCUGUGCGAUUGGCUGAUACCUGACGUAUGAUUUACAGUAAUUUGCGUUUUACUAAUUUUCUGAACGAGCGAGCUAAUGAUUAUCAUCGAGAAGGGUGAGGGCUGGGAAACGAA